GGGAGCGUGUGAGGGGCCGAGGGGUCCGCAGUCCGCAUCCGGGUCACCGGGCGCUUCCGGCUGAACGGCGGCGGGUCCCGGGCGGCAGGCGCGGCCCGGCGCGGAGCGAAGAGUUGCCAUUACUGAAGAUUCUUAAUGCCAGAUAAUCAACCUACUGCUGAAUAACCAUGAAAGAGACGAGGUAGCUGCCCAAGUGUGAGAUAAAAACUGAUUUCAAUGGAUACAAAAUACAAAGACGAUUUAUUUAGGAAGUAUGUACAGUUCCAUGAAUGCAAACUGAAUGCCUCUGACAACAAACAGCGUCCUAUUAAUGAUGAGUAUUUGCGAGUGGCAGCGGCAGCCUUACUUUGCCUUCCCAAAAUUGAUCCCUUUUAUAGAUUCCGGUUGAUAAAAUUUUACGAGAUGGCUGAAAACUCACUGAGAUUUGUGAAAUCCUCAAGUUUACAUUCUCUCCAUAAUGCGUUCAGCAUGCUCGAGACACUUGGAAUUAACCUCUUUCUUUACCCCUGGAAAAAGGAGUUCAAAAAUAUUAAGACCUACACUGGACCCUUUGUUUAUUAUGUAAAGUCUGCUCUAGCUGAAGAUGAUGUAAGGCAGAUUUUGAACUACAUGGGCUAUGUCCAAGAACUGGGAACAAUGUAUAAGCUCAAAGAGCAGGUUGAUGCCAUUCAAGUGAAAAUGGUUUCAUUUGAACUCUUUUUGGCCAAAGUGGAAUGUGAGCAGCUUCUUGAAAUUCACUUGCAAGUGAAGGAUAAAGGUUAUUCAGAGAUUGAUGUCAUAAAUGAACGAAAAAAUAGCAAUGAAGAUGUUAGAGGCUGCUCAGAAGCCAUGAAACGGCGUGUAGAGUGCAAAGAAAACUUAAACACUUCCAUGGCACGGAUGGUACUCCAGAAAUCAGCGAGUGAACGGGCCUCUAAAGAUUAUUUCAAGCCGAAGGUGAGCAAGCCUUCUAAAUCAGUGGACACAUAUGAUAAUUACUGGGAAAGUAAGAAACCACCUUUGAUGAGCUCACUGAGUCUCAGGAAAGAACCAAUUUUAGUUGAUGCAGAAGAUGACAUUAAAGAUGAAAUUAUCCGUCCGUCACCCUCUCUUCUGACAAUGUCAAGCUCCCCACACGGGUGUUCAGAUGAAUUCUUGCCAACUUCAUCUCAUCACAAUGGCAUGCUAAGAACAAAUGUCCCUUACAGCUCCUAUUUUUCUGCUCAAGAGGACUUAGAUUUAUAUACUGAUCCCGAUUCUAGAAGCAUGUUAAAUUUUAAAAGACAAGAAGCUAUUAAGCCCGAUGUAUGGCUGUUAAAAAAUGAUGCCAACCCUGUUUACCACAAACGCACCCACCUAGCCAAAGAGACAGCUUCCCUCAAGUGCCAAAACUGUGGCGUACCUUGUGGCACUUCUGUUUGCCAAAAGUGUGACAAUCUAUUCAACUCUAGGCAGGAAUACCCAGCAGUGAAACAGAGCACCUAUUCAAUCAAACCACUUCCAAAUGAUGGCUUGUCUCCUGCGUCUGCUUUAAGGGAGAAAUCUCAGUACACAUCACAGACUCAGAGUCAAGAGAGAGCUGCUCAAUUCAGUUCAAAAUCCAAACCUUCAGGCACCUCGCGCUGUGGCUUUUGUAACCGAUCUGGAGCUGCAAACACUUGCACGUUUUGCUCAAAAGUCUCAUGUGACACUUGCCUCAAUGCUUACUAUUACGAUCCCUGCUGUAGAAAAAGCGAGCUUCACAGAUUCAUGCCUAACAAUCAGUUAAACUAUAAAUCGUCCCAGCUGUCCCAUGUAGUUUACAGAUAGACUUGAUUAGUCUGUUUUGGAGGG